GCUUGAAACACAAUAACCUAGAAUUAGGGUUGGGAAUUUUUGUAAUUUCAUUGUUCCUGUCUUGGGUUGUAUUCUCUCGCUUCACUCUCAGCGAUAGCGGCGAUUUUUGGGAAAAUCAGUGUUAAUCGGUUUAAUUGUCCACCAGCAAAAUGUCGGCAUCACUGAGUCCAGAGCAGCUGAAAGAAUUCAGAGAAGCCUUCAAGAUCUUCGAUGUUGAUAACAGCGAAACGAUCACAACGGAUGAGCUGCUUCUCGUCAUGAAGAACCUCGGGAUGAUGGCCACUAAGGAAGAGGUGAAGGAAAUGCUGUCGGAAGUCGACGAAGAUGGUAGUGGAGAGAUCGAUUUCGAGGAGUUUGCAGAACUCAUGGUAAAACAGAUGAAGCAAGGAAGUGAGCAGGAGGUGAGAGAAGCUUUUAAAGCAUACGACACCGAAAACAAGGGAUACUUUACAAGCGACGAGCUUCUAAAACUGCUUAUGGCCGUGCAAAAACAAAGCAAAGACAUCAAAAUCUCUAAAGAAGAAAUAGAGGACAUAAUCAAGUUCAUGGAGCGAAAUGGACGAGUCAACUUUGACAAUGGAGCCAUGGAAAAAAAUAAUGCCAUAUCCAGUCGGAAGAAUGAGGUGUUUAUUCGAGGAAGAUUACGAGGUGAACUUUCCUCAGAAGUGAUUUCAGAGUUUCGCGAGGCGUUUUCCUUAUUUGACCACGACGGAGAUGGUACCAUCACCACAAGCGAACUCCAAACAGUCAUGGAGAGACUGGGGUUGAGUUCAGACCAGGAACAACUGAAUGAAAUGAUCAGAGAGGUGGACGCGGAUGGAAGUGGUGCAGUGGAUUUUGAGGAAUUCUGUGUCCUAAUGCAGAAGAAAAUUGCACAGGAAACCCAGUCCGAGCUCCUGGAGUUGUUCAGUAUCUGGGAUGAAGCUGGUAAAGGGAUCAUUGAGGCAGGGGAAUUGAGAUGCUUAUUGAACAGAGUCCCCGUGCGGCUGACGAGGAGAGAGAUUGAUGCACUGGUUGAUUAUGCAGAUACCAAGAAAAAUGGGAAAAUCAACUUUGAAGAAUUUGUCAAAAUGCUGUCUUAAAGAAAAGAGCCUCCUUUUUGACCGUUUCAAGAAAUUCUCUGACACUUGAGAGUUGAAGCAAAGAAUUGACAAACUAAUAAACAAAUCAUUAUGCGUCUUGA